UCUGGGCUGUCCUAAAAGUCUUAAUAAUUGAUUGAUUUAGUGACUGGGGAGUGAUUGAUAAACCAAAUACGACGAGGCUUUUUUGAGAAAUAGUCAUUCGAAGUGCCCGAAAAUCGCAAAAUUGCCAACACUGGGGCUGGGGUGAAAGGAAAAGCGUGAAAUUGGGUGCAAAAUGGACGUCGAGAGGAAGAUGUGAAUGAUGCUAACCUGCUGUGGAGGAUCAACUCGUCCAGUUUCACACUGCGGUCAAGCCAGCUUCCACUCGUAAAGUAGCAGUCAAGCCAGCCGCCCCAGCCGCCCCUAAUUUUGUUCAUACUAGGCAUUACGGUAAUAGGUCGCUAACUCGCGGCGAAUCUGCCCGCACAGACAAAGUCGGCGACGACUGCCGCCGGCCGGGGCUGCCAAGAACCACAAGCGCGUCCUUCUCAGUGUUCGGGACGACGACGACGACAGGAUUUUACUUUCCUUCUCGUCCUUUUGACCUCAUUCUGUGGACUCGUUUUCGCCACCGUGCCAGCUCCUCCUAGGAUGACCCCGGUGCGGCGGUAGCCCUUCGCAAUGCCAAGAUGGCGCCCCUGCUCCCUACCCCAGGCGCCGACGCAUUCUGCCUCCUCACCCGGAAAUCGCUGGCAGAGAUCGAGAGGCUCCAAGCGGAAAGGCGAAACAAGGCAGCCCGAGUAGACGGACAUGACGAGGCCGAGGAGGCGGCGGCCCCCAAUGCCGACUUGGAAGCGGGCAAGAAUCUGCCAUGGAUUUACGGAGACCCUCCGACAGAGUUGGUCAACACGCCGUUGGAGGACCUGGACCCCUUCUACAAGGCUCAGAAGACAUUCAUCGUGCUGAGCAAAGGCAACACCAUUUACAGGUUCAACGCGGAGCCGGCGUGCUACCUCCUGAGCCCCUUCAGUGGCUUAAGAAGAGGAGCCAUCAAAAUCCUCAUACAUUCAUUAUUUAGCAUGUUCAUCAUGAUCACCAUUCUGUCCAAUUGCGUGUUCAUGACCAUGAGCAACCCGCCGGCAUGGAGUAAAAAUGUCGAGUACGCUUUUACCGGGAUUUACACUUUUGAGGCCACCGUCAAAGUGUUGUCCAGAGGCUUCUGUAUUGGCUCGUUUACAUUCCUUCGAGACCCGUGGAACUGGCUGGAUUUCAUGGUGAUCAGCAUGGCAUACAUCACUGAGUUCAUCGACCUUGGUAACGUGUCUGCCCUCAGGACCUUCCGUGUGCUCCGAGCCCUUAAAACCAUUACUGUGAUUCCUGGUCUGAAAACCAUCGUGGGUGCGCUGAUCCAGUCGGUGAAGAAAAUGGUGGACGUAAUGGUCCUGACGGUCUUCGCUCUGGCUGUGUUCGCCCUGGUCGGUCUGCAGUUGUUCAUGGGCAACUUGCGGCACAAGUGCGUGCGCUGGCCCAUCCAUGGCAACGACACUGGCGAUUGGUUCAACGUCACCGACGUGGCGACGCCUUUCAACCACACCGUCGGCGUCAACGGUAGCGAUUAUUCCAACAGCACCUUCAUUUUCACGGAGUACAUCGAGAACUCAGAGAACUACUACUUCCUAGAAGGCAGCAAAGAUCCACUUGUAUGUGGGAACAGUUCUGAUGCUGGAGUCUGCCCUGAAGGCUUCACUUGCAUGAAGGCCGGCGGGAACCCAGAUUACGGCUACACCAGCUUUGACUCAUUCGGCUGGGCCUUCCUGGCGCUUUUUAGACUCAUGACCCAGGACUACUGGGAGAACCUUUUCCAGAUGAUCCUGCGGGCGGCGGGCAAAACAUACAUGCUCUUCUUCGUGGUGGUGAUCUUUCUGGGCUCCUUCUACCUCAUCAACCUCAUCCUGGCGGUGGUGGCCAUGGCGUACGAUGAGCAGAACCAGGCCACGCUGCGCGAGGCCAAGGAGAAGGAGGAAGAGUUCCAGCGCGUCCUUGAGCAGCUCAAGAGCCAGGAGCAGGCUCACUGUCCUGAAAGUGAAGAAUCUCUGAACAGCGGCAAGUCGCCAAGUCGCCACUCAGCUUCUGAGCUGAGCCUGGAGCGCAACAAAGCCGUCAAAGACUGCAACGGCAAGAUGGUCCCAAGCCUUGUGGUGCGAUCGCCCACCUUGGAUGAGUCUGCUGCAGACAAAGAACUCCGGGAGAGAUCUCCAGGCAUGCUUCAUCCAGACGAGCUUCAUUCGGAUGAGCAGGGCCAGAGGCAGAGGUCUACUAGCGCCAUGGAAGAGUUGGAGGACGCUCACAGGCCAUGUCCGCCGGGCUGGUACAAGUUUGCUGACAUUUUCCUCAAGUGGAACUGCUGUGAGCCAUGGGUGGCCCUCAAAAAGUGGUUGUACGUCAUUGUGAUGGACCCCUUCUUCGACCUGGCUAUCACCAUUUGUAUCGUGCUCAACACGCUCUUCAUGGCCAUGGAGCACUACCCCAUGACCAAAGAGUUUGACAACAUGCUCUCCGUGGGCAACCUGGUUUUCACUGGGAUCUUCACGGCGGAGAUGUUCUUAAAGCUCAUCGCCAUGGACCCCUACUACUACUUCCAAGUGGGCUGGAACAUUUUCGACAGCAUCAUCGUCACUCUCAGCCUGGCUGAGUUGGGCCUGGCGAACGUCCAGGGGCUCUCGGUCCUACGCUCCUUCCGUCUGCUUCGCAUCUUCAAGCUGGCUAAGUCCUGGCCCACGCUCAACAUGCUGAUCAAGAUCAUAGGGAACUCGGUGGGCGCCCUGGGCAACCUGACGCUGGUGCUGGCCAUCAUCGUCUUCAUCUUCGCCGUGGUGGGCAUGCAGCUCUUCGGCAAGAACUACAAGGAAUGCGUGUGCAAGAUCUCCGAUGAGUGCGAGCUGCCGCGCUGGCACAUGAAUGACUUUUUCCACGCUUUCCUCAUCGUCUUCCGCAUCCUGUGCGGCGAAUGGAUCGAGACCAUGUGGGACUGCAUGGAGGUGUCCGGCGCUGGGAUGUGUCUCAUCGUCUUCAUGAUGGUCAUGGUCAUUGGGAAUCUCGUGGUGCUGAACCUCUUCCUGGCGCUGCUGCUCAGCUCAUUCAGCGGUGAUAACCUAUCGACGGCGGAGGACGACGGCGAGCUGAACAACCUCCAAAUCGCCGUCGGGAGGAUCACGCGAGGCAUUGACUGGCUCAAGACAGCCGUCGCCGAAAUGCCUCAGAGGAUAGUCGACAAUAAACCUAAGGCGACCGAGGACCCCAACGCGGAGGCGUUGGAGAUGAACGACUUGGACCCUGGCGGAGAUGUCAGAAAGGCAACCGGGAUCGCAAACUGUUUGUCGCCGGGACGUACUUCGGGCGCCAUUUUGGAUGGAGAGCUUGCUCUUAGUGUCCCCAUCGCUCAGGGAGAGUCAGACUUUGAAGACCCAGACGAUGACGACCACGACUACGACUCCAAUCUCUCCACUUGUGGAAAUAGCCUUCAUGAUGGUGAAAGCCUAGAAGACGAGAUAGGUCUUUUAAGAGAAGUCAAACUAAUGGGCGUGGCAAGCGAUGAUGGCGACGUGUCGCUGUGCAGCACGGCGGACUAUCAGCCGCCACAUCCUGAACCAGUGGAAGAGGAGGAGGAAGAGCCGGAGCCAGUGGAGCCAGAAGCUUGCUUCACUGACAACUGCGUGCGGCGCUGGCCUUGUCUCACCGAAGAUGUGGGCACGAUCGGAGGCAAGCGAUGGUGGAAUCUGCGCAGGACCUGCUUCGCCAUCGUGGAGCAUGACUGGUUUGAAACCUUCAUCAUUUUCAUGAUCCUACUGAGCAGCGGCGCUCUGGCUUUUGAAGACAUUUACAUCGAGCGGCGGCGAAUCAUCAAAAUUAUCCUGGAGUAUGCUGAUAAAGUUUUCACCUUCAUCUUUGUCAUGGAGAUGGUUCUGAAAUGGACAGCGUACGGCUUCAAGACCUACUUCACCAAUGCCUGGUGCUGGCUGGACUUUUUCAUUGUUGAUAUUUCUCUGAUUAGUUUGGUGGCCAACUGGUUGGGUUACUCCGACCUGGGGCCCAUCAAAUCCCUCCGAACUCUGAGGGCGCUGAGGCCUUUACGUGCCCUCUCCAGAUUUGAAGGCAUGAGGGUGGUGGUGAACGCGCUGGUCGGUGCCAUCCCGUCCAUUUUCAACGUGCUCCUAGUGUGUCUCAUCUUCUGGCUCAUCUUCAGCAUCAUGGGCGUCACCAUGUUCGCUGGCAAAUUCUACCGCUGCAUCAACACCACCUCGGCGGAGCGCUUUCCCGCUGCCGAAAUCAACAACCGAAGCGAGUGCCUGGCCCUGCAGGAGGCCACGGGGGAGGCCCGCUGGGUUAAUGUCAAAGUCAACUACGACAAUGUGGGGAAGGGCUACUUGUCGCUGCUCCAAGUGGCAACCUUUAAAGGCUGGAUGGACAUUAUGUAUGCUGCUGUCGACUCAAGAGAGGUGGAGGAGCAGCCAUCGUACGAGAUCAACCUGUACAUGUACAUCUACUUUGUCAUCUUCAUCAUCUUCGGCUCCUUCUUCACGCUCAACCUCUUCAUCGGCGUCAUCAUUGACAACUUCAACCAGCAAAAGAAAAAGUUGGGAGAUAAGGACAUCUUCAUGACGGAGGAGCAGAAGAAGUACUACGAAGCCAUGAAGAAACUUGGUUCCAAGAAACCACAGAAGCCAAUUCCACGUCCCACCAACUUCCUCCAGGGCCUGGUGUUUGACCUCAUUAGUCAGCAGUUCUUUGACAUAUUCAUCAUGGUGCUCAUCUGCCUCAACAUGGUGACCAUGAUGGUGGAGACGGACAACCAGAGCACUGAGAAGGAGGAGUUCCUCUUCAAAGUCAACCUGGCCUUCAUUGCGGUCUUCACCAGCGAGUGCGUACUGAAGCUCUUUGCUUUGCGCCAGUACUUCUUCACCAACGGCUGGAACAUAUUCGACUUUAUCGUCGUCAUCGUCUCCAUCGCUGGCACAAUGCUGUCGGACCUGAUCGAGAAGUACUUUGUGUCACCGACCCUCUUCCGCGUGAUCCGUCUGGCCAGGAUUGGUCGCAUCCUGCGUCUCAUUAAAGGAGCUAAAGGCAUCCGGACACUCCUCUUUGCCCUGAUGAUGUCGCUUCCCGCCCUCUUCAACAUCGGCCUGUUGCUCUUCCUCAUAAUGUUCAUCUUCUCCAUCUUCGCCAUGUCCAACUUCGCCUAUGUCAAGAAAGAGGCGGGCAUCGAUGACAUCUUCAACUUCGAGACGUUUGGCGGGAGCAUCAUUUGCCUCUUCCAGAUCACCACGUCGGCCGGCUGGGAUGGGCUCCUGCUUCCGAUGCUCAACAGGGAGCCCCCCGACUGCGAUCCCGACUUCGAGAACCCCGGCACAGACGUGAGGGGGAACUGCGGCAGUCCGGGCAUGGGCAUGAUAUUCUUCACCAGCUACAUCAUCAUCUCCUUCCUGGUGGUAGUCAACAUGUACAUCGCCAUCAUCCUGGAGAACUUUAACGUGGCGCAGGAGGAGAGCAGCGAUGCGCUGUGCGAGGAGGACUUCGAGAUGUUCAACAAGACAUGGGAGAAGUUUGACACGGAUGGAACCAUGUUCAUUGAGUACACCCGCCUCUCAGACUUUUGCGACAUGCUGCAGGAGCCACUGAGGGUUGCCAAGCCCAACCGCCUUCGCCUGAUCCAUAUGGACCUACCGCUGGUCAUUGGCGACCGCAUCCACUGCCUGGACGUCUUGAUGGCCGUCACGGAGAUGGUCCUGGGAGACACACUGGAAAUGGCGGCCAUGCGGGAGAGUAUCAAGACCAAAUUCCUCCAGAGCAACCCCACCUCGGACUCCUUCGCGCCCAUAACCACCACUGUACGCCACAAGGAGGAGAAUUGGGCCGUCACCGUCAUCCAGCGGGUCUACCGUAGCCACCUGCUGCGGCGCGGCCUCCGCCAUGCAGCCUUCCUGUCCCGCUCCAAGAGGGGGGCCUCCCAGGACCCGGUGGAGAGGGAGGGACUGAUUGUGUGCAAAAUGGGAGCUCUAUAUGGCAGCCUCGCUGACCCCCCCGAGGAGAAGGCGUCGCCAGAAACCCGACCUGGUCCUGUUGCUCCUGGGUCGAUUUUCAUAGCAGUACCUGUGGAAAUCACGAAUGAGAUGGUACUACAUUCUGCCCCCGAGCCAGAUCGAGCCCUCGGCAGCUUUCAAGAACACCUCAGGGAGUCGCUUGUGUAACCAAAACACUUUCGUGUACUAUUUUUGCCCCGUAGGAUCUCCAGUUGCACUUGUUUUUUCAACUGCAUUUUGUUGCCAUUUUUACGAUGAAUGACUUAGAUCCUUCUUUAAAACUCGAACAAAUGUUUUGAGGAAUGCAAGAAAGCUUGCUAGUAGUCUUGGAGUUCUCCAGAGCAGUCUUAAGAUGACAUUUGGGAGUUUCAGCAUCAAUUGUUUUUAACUUGGUCUUGACUUAAAACAUCAUAGGCUCUUUUACAUGGAGAUCCUGCAAAACAGCAGCAUCAGACACAAUAGCUUUCAACACAACAUGGCGCAAGAAGUGAGUGUCUGGUGUUAAACAUCACAUUUCUGUACCAUUAUGUGACUUAUUUUUUGCAAGCUAGUCAUUAACCUAAAGUUUCGCAGAGAGAUUCCGUAAAAUUGCUGUAAAGUGCUGUAACAGCUGAUCCAGUGUUUAUCAGCUUGUGCCUGUUAUACAGAACCCAGCAAACUGGAAUGUUACAGUGACACAGCAUCACAUGGUGUGACAUAUAAAGUAUUUGUCUGACAGCAACAAUUGUUUUAAACCAAAAAUAAUUAUUCAUCAUGUGUAUUUAUUAUUUUUGCUAUGAUGUUAUUAACUUAAAAGUCUGUAGAUUCUCAGUCAUCCAGGUCAUGAUGAUCUCCAAAAGUGUAAUCUAGGCAACUAGACUCUUCUUGAUUGUUGAACAGGUUUCACCUUUAAUCCAAAAGCUUUUUCAAUUUUAUAUCUUUAGGUGUGAAGUCCUACGAUUUACAUCUCUAGUGGGUUUCUCCCCUGUUGGUGGUCACAUUGGUAGUUGUUGUUGUUGCCAGGUGUAGCUGGUAAAUGACCGUUUACCUCUUUACCUGCCUGAUUUCAAAAUGUGUUGUUAGUGGCCACUUUUCCAAUGGAAUGAGAUGAUUGUUGGGGGAGAGAUGUCAGCACAUUUUAAGCAGACAACGCAUAGACAUCCUCUGUUGUUAAAAAAAAAAAGCCUUUCUAGAUUGACUUCGAUGGCUUCUCUCACACCUUUUUCAAAUCUGCUGUCUUCUCUGUCCAGAAUCUGGACAUUAUUGUCCUCAAAGGAAUGUCUCUUCUUUUUGAGAUGGAAAUCAAUUGCUGAGUUUGGACCGGAAGAGGCUGCCUUCCUAUAUUGUGUCAUGCGUUUGUGUAGGGGAUGCUUGGCUCUCCAAUGUAGAGGUCACCGCACUCCUCACUACGGUGAACCAGCUUCUGUCUGAGGCUGUUGCUGGGUUUAUUGGUGUUUUAUGUUUGGAGAAAAUCCUUCUGAGUUUCUCUUACAAACCAGCCACGUGUAGGACCACCACAUUCCCUCUUCUGUUUUUAUCCUCAGCAUUGGGUGUUGUGAUCCUAUUCUCCUUGAGUAUUUAGCAAAGGCCGAGUUAGGAUAUCCACGGUUACAAACGUAGUUAGAGCCUUCCUGAUGUGUGUGCUCAUUCUGUGUUCCAUUGUUGGUGAUAGGCAUCUUCUGUGCUCUGUCUUUAAGGGUUAUGAUAACCCCUGGCUUAUGUUCUAGUGGCUGAUUGGAGUCAAACGGUAGGUACUGCGCUGUGUUGAAAGGUUUUCUGUAGAACUUAAUAUUGAGGCUUCCCUCCUGCCCUGCAUACAGUUCGCAGUCCAAGAAUGUCAAUCUGUUCUCUUUAUUGUCUUCCAGAGUGAAACUGAUGUUGCUGUCCAUAGAGUUAAUGCAUUCAGUAAACCUUUCUACUUUUCAGCCUUUGAUCUUAAUACGUGUCAUUCACAUAGCUGAAAUAGUGGCUGGCCUUAGUUCCUCUCGGGUCCAGUGUGUUUCUUUCCACUUUUUCCAUGUACGUAUGUGUUCGCCACAUGGGAGAGGAAAAGUGAGCCAAUGGCAUAGCCAUAGGUAUGCUUAUUAAAAUUUGCUAAAUUGAAAGUAAGUGAUGCUAAGGCCAACUUGAAAUCGGUUACCUCCCUGGUCAGGAGUGAGAUUGGUUCUGUCCUGUAGACUAGAGUAGUAAUUCCCUGAUUCCAGCAAAAGCGGAAGCGAUGCAUGUGAACAGGGAGGUGAGGUCGCAUGGCACCACAGUUAUGUCUGUAGAAAAUAGCAGUUUCCGGACCUUGUUGGUGAAGUCUGUGGAGUUGUGGAUGUGGUGUGGGGCAUUUCCAUUCAAUGGGGGUUUAAUGGUGGCUGUUCUGGCAUAAAAGGGAUACAGAUCCUGCUUUCUGCUUGACCUAACAGCCGAACACGACCAAAAAAAAGAAAGAAAAGUGAUGCAAAAUGAUCAUUCACCAGCCACACCGGGCAACAACAGCCCUCGUAUGACCACCCCGAGUGUACACACCCACAAGAGACAUACAGGUAGAUAGGGGGACUCCACACCUAAAUAUUAGAAUGGAACAAGCCUUUAGGGUUAAAAGUAAAAUGUCUUCAACAAGCAAGAGGUCAGUUGCCUCUUUUCAACUUUUGCAAAUGAUUUACCUUAAGUUUCACACUGAGAUCCCGCAAAAUUGAUGCAUCAGAGCCGUAAGAGCAGAUCUGACAUUUAUCCACUUGUGCUUUUUAUACAGAACCCAUGGUGUGACGUAUAAAAUAUUUGCCAGACAGUGAUGAUUGCUUUCAACACAACAUAGCAGGAGAAGUAUCGAGUGUUAAACUUCUUGCCGACUUUCCGCUAUUCCCUUUCACACAGCCGUCACUCCACCUCUGAUAUGUCUGUCUAGAUUCUCAGUCAUCCGGCUCAUGGUAAUCCGCAAACCUCUGAUAACACUUUGGAAGCCAGGAAAUUCUUUGGUCACCUUCUUCGCACUGCUGUGCGCAUGCAUCCCUUUCACACAGAUCAACGAAAUGCAGAAAAAGCCGGCUUUGGCAGGUAGUGUUAAAGAGGCUAGCGUUUCCAGAUGUUCGUGUCUGGUGUGACGUGAAAAAUGUAGUGGCUAGCGACAACUGCUUUCAACAUAACGUGGUGGGAGAAGGGAGGGCCCAGUGUUAAACUUAAGACCCCCGUGUAUCCUUACACACACGAAGCCUUUGCCUCUGAUACCACUUUGAUACGACUGUACCUUAAUUAAAAUCGAUCUGAGUUUAACACCAAAGCCAGUUAGCGGCUCAUUAGAGGCGGCUAACAUUUAGCGAGGGCCGCUCAAAUAUUGCACUGUUUAUUUUUAGGCCGUCCAGGUCCAGUUGCAGCCGAUGAGGACUAUGAGCGUCUAAAAAAGAACUUCAUCCAUCAGCGUGCCUGAUAGAUGUUUUUGUCCACUUCCCGUUGUCAUGCCAGGAGACCUUGAAAGGGCAGCACUCAUGUUUACAUGUCCAUAUGGUAUUAAUAAUGUUAUUAAUAGUUCAACUCUUCAAGUCGCUUUUGGCCUCACGUUGACGCUGUUGCGACUCUCUAAAGGUUGUUUCACUUGCUGUCUUAAUUGAAAAGGUCUUACUCUGAAUAUUAGGUACACACAAGCACUGUUGUAUCGUGUUGUGUGUUGGUUUAAACGUGUUGUGUGUCCUUUUUAAGGGGAAGAAAUUAUGCUUUGUGUUAUUUCCCUUUGGUAAUUUUGACCACACUAUUUAAAUGCUGACUUAAACUUUGUUUACAUUUGGAAUUCAGGGGAGAAGCAUGACCGGACGAGGGUGUUAUACUAUCUGAAUUGUGUAUUAUUUGUUACUGUAAAAUCCAGAAUUAAAUGCUUGUGAUGGGUAGAAAAGGGGAAAGUUUCUUCCCGUUUUGGGCUGUAUAAAGGUCGUCGUCUGGUGCCCACCAUCUCAAACUGCAACACAA